AUGGAGCCCUCGGGAGCAGCAGCAGCAGCAGCAGCAGAAGACGACGAAGAAGCUGAGAGGAGCCCUGAAGCCGCCAUGUCUGACGUCGUCCCCCAGGAAGAGCCUUUCCUCGGCCCUCCUCUUGGCCCCGGAGCAGGGCAGGCCCCGCACUGGGGAGGAGGAGAACCUGAGCUCCUGGGACAGCCGGACCCCGGCCAGUUGGCUCCACCAGCCCCCUCAAAGGCCCUGCCCUCUCCAGCUGGGAAGGAGGGAGUUAUAUGGCCACAGCCGCAGAAAGCUCUCUUCCUGAAGGUGACCCUGGCCAGACGGAGGACGGGCCGUACCGAUCCUCAGCUGCAGGCCUAUCUGCAGGGAAGACUCCGUCUCCUGGAGAACGACAGCCAACGGGCCGUGGCGGUUCUGAGUGUAAGUUCGUGGAGGCCUUUGUGCCUUCCUCAGGAAUUGUCGGCCAGAUUGCUGUCCAUCCACAGUGAAGAUCAUCGCAUUGCCAUCACAUUUUGGACCUUGGAGGAAGCCUGGAAGUUUAUGACCUACUACUCUCUUGGUUUUUUAAGCCCCUGCCUGGAGACCCUGUUGCUGGACGACUCUUUCUGGCUCUCUUCACCCGAAGAAGCUGCUGGAAUUGAGGUCCUCUUAGAUGAAAGUGGCCUCCAUAGGCUCUACAGAGGACUCUUAAUUCAGGAAGGUGCCUAUUUUGGGUUUUGUCCCGAGGACGUCGAUGCAGCCGAUCCAAGAGCCGUUUGCCAGGUGGAAUCGGCAGCUCCAGAGCAAGUCCGGGACGGCCGCCCCACAGAUGCCUCGGAGCCCCCUGUGCCUUUCCAUCAAUGGUUCCUGAAAGCAAACGCAGCAUCGGACGGGUUGGCCUGCCUAACUGCGCUUCCAGCCACAGAUCAAGCGGCCGCAGGAUUCUCUGUCACGGUCGUCAGCCACGAAGGUGCUCUGCCAGACGAGAUCAGUUUCCAAAAAGGAGAUAAAAUUGAAAUCAUGGGCUAUUUCAUGAGGUGCAUGCCUUGGUUUGUGGGGAGGCGUCUCUCUUCGGGCCAGGUUGGCUUCGUGCAGAGCAGCUGCGUGGCGCCUGAAGGCUUCCUGGCCAUUGCCGCAGAACUCCCAUGCACGGAUUUUUUCAAGGACGAUGGCGACUCUUUCGUGAAGGAGGAAUCCCUUUUGGAUAACCUGGCCAGGCUCUUGGCCCAAACUUCCCAGGAGAGCGUUUGCCGCAUCUAUCAAAUCGAUGCCCAGGAUGACAGCGGCCUCCAGAAACCUUGUGGGCCAGAAAUGGCCCCUUCCUCCCUGAAGGAAAAGGAGGGUCCAACUCCAUGCAGAGCAGUGAGGUCACUGAUGAGGAUGAAGGACUUUCAACCCACCAAAGAUAAGCAGCAGCAGCUUCCCACUUGCCACAGGCAGGAGCCCCCCCUUUGGCAGAAGCCGUGUUUCUCCAUGCGCCAGCGGGGCACUUUGGGGCCAGACGCUCCUGAUUCGCUGUUGUCGUUUUUGAAUCGGGAAGGCUAUGAAGACGGCUUCAGGGGCCUCUAUGACCCUCCGUUGUCCUUUCUCAAGACGUCCAUCCGUGGCGAUGCCACGGAGGAAGAGCUGCUGGAUUACUUGGCUCGAGCUCGGGCAGCGGCCAGGCAAGCCGACCUGCCCUGGGCCACGACGCGGCUCUGCUACCUGCUGGGAAGAAUGAGUCUCCGGAGGUUCAAGCUGUCUCAAGCUCGGGUGUAUUUUGAAGAAGCUCUGGCAACCCUACGGGGGCGUUUUCAAGACCUCCACUUGGUAGCCACUCUGUACACCCACCUGACGGGCAUUUACCUGAAACAGAAGAAUGUGGAGAAAAGCGCUUCCUUCCUGGACAAAACUGCCUCUUUGCUGAUGGGCCUGGCCAGCGACACGGACGGGGCGGAGAUGGCCCUGGAGGUCUUGAACUAUGCCUUGAAAAGAGCUGUGCUCAGCCGGAGUAGAAACGCCGAGGCCAGAGCCUGCUUCCUGCUGGCGAAGCACUGCCUGCGUUUCAAGCAGGGGCAGGAGCCAGCCCCCUUCCUGGAGAGGCUGCAGCAGCUGCUGAAUGCAGGCCAGGGGCUGCCCAGUGGCAGGGGGUCCGUGGACUGCUACUUGAAGCUUGGCCAACUCUACAGCCAGCAGUGCCUGCCCCACCUUGCGCUCAGCUGCGCCAAGGUUGUGUCUUCCCGCAGCUCCUGUUCUCUGCUGGAGCUCUUCAGAGGCAUCGAGUUGGUGCUAAGGAACGCCUCCAAAGUCCUCAGUCCCACACCUGGAGGACAAACAGACCCUCCACUCAUGGCCUUUUACCUCCGAGAACUGCUUCAUGCGCUGGAAGGGAGCAGGGGCAGCCAGAAGCUGCGCAGCAUCAUUUACUACAAACUUUCUCAGCUGCACAGCCGGUACAAGCAGUACGAGGAAGCCAUCGGCUACAUGGAGGAGGUUCUAGAGCUGAACACAAGUGCACAAGUGGCGGAAGACACCAUUCACCACUUGGUUUUCCUCAGCUGGCUCUACAUCCUCCAUCAGCAGGACGACACGGCUCUGUGCAUUUUAAGCGCCGUCGCAGAGUCCCCCUGGAGCACCCGCCAGCAGUUGGGCGUCAUCCAUAACAUGGCGGCCAUUAGUCUGAGACGGAGGAAUCAGCCCAAGCGAGCUGCGGAGAGCUACUUCAGAGCACUUAGCCUUUCCAGAGAGACGGGCAGCGUGGUUAAUGAGGCAGUGGCUUUGGCCAACCUGGGCAUCUUGUGCCUGCACUCGUCUGCCCAAAGCCUCGGGGAGCAUUUCUUGGUCAAAGCUAUCCAGCUCUUCUCCGGGCUCCCCAGUGGAGAAUGCGGGGGGAACUUUGUGGCCGUCCUCCUCCGGCUGGGGCACCACUAUGCCCAUGGGGCCCAGAAGGAGAAGGGGAGGAAUUGCUAUGAGUGGGCCUUUCUGGUGGCGAUGGAACGCGAGGAUGUGGAAGGGCAACUCCAGGCUGUCCAGCAUCUGUGUCAUUUCCACAGCGCGGUUGUCCCAGAUCCAGCUCAGUGUGUCUUCUACAACGAAUAUCAGCUCACCCUGGCGAAGAAAAUGUCCGACAAGGUCAUGGAAGGGCAGGUGCUAGAGACCCUCAGCCAGCUCUACCUGUCUCUGGGGACAGAAAGGGCGUGCCGGUCUGCUCUGGACUACCUCAAGAGAAGCCUGGGGAUAUUCAUUGAUCUUCAGGCCAAAAAUAAGGAGGCUCAGGCCUGGCUCCAGGCAGGAAGGAUCUAUUACGCCCUGCGGGAGAACGAACUAGUUGAUGUUUACAUACAGGUGGCUCACAACACUGCUCUGAGUUCUCAGGACCCCAAUUUAGAAAUGGAAAUGCUCGAAGCCUCGGGAGACAUAUUCUUCAACGGAGACUGGGAAAAGGAGCGAGCGGCGCCCUUCUACAGGGACAAGGCUCUGCCACUUGCCAUGAAGGCCAAAAACGGCAGCGCUGAACUUCGCCUCUUCAACAAGUUGGUUGGGUUGUUCUUGACCUUACAGAAGUAUGAAGAAUGUCUCGGAUACGCCCAGACGUCACUAAUGCUCAGUGUCAAUUUAGGAGACCAGCUAAGUGAGCGCGUAGCCUACCACCGCCUGGCGGUCAUCCACCAUCACUUGGGGCAGUGUGAACUGGCCGAGCACUUCUUCCUCAAAGCCGUUUCCCUCUGCCCCUCCCCGCUGGAGUUUGACGAGGAAGCUCUCUAUUACGUCAAAGUGUACCUUCUCCUGGGAGACAUCACCUUCUAUGACCUCAAGGAUCCUUUUGAUGCUGCAGGAUACUACAAUCUGGCACUGGCUGCCGCCAUGGACUUGGGAAACAAGAAAGCGCAACUGAAGAUUUACACUAGACUUGCCAUAAUUUACCACAAUUUUCUUAUCGACCGAGAGAUGUCUCUCUUCUUCUACCAGAAAGCCAGAGCCUUCGCCAUGGAGCUAAAUAUUUGCAGAAUCAACCUCUCUCCAGACCGGCCUCCCAGGAGGAAGGUCCUAUGAGGCCUCUCCUCUGG